GACGGCUGAAACUUUGUGUUUACACAUGCAAUACUUGCCUGUGUCGGAAAGACAUCACUAGCUGAAUAGCCUGUCGUGUUUUGUGUUUCAUAACGAUGGAGUGCAAACGAGAUGAGAAAAGAAAACGGCAUUCUCCAAAAUCUGCAUGCUCGCCAUCAGUUCAAUCACCAAGCAUCAACGACAAUGCCGCCGGCUCGCCAAAGCGACCUCGAAAUGACCGCGAAGAUGAAAUGUUUUCAUCUCAACUGCUAGAAUUUUAUCUGUACGGAAGAAGUUCAAAGCUUGUUCAGCCAUUGAAAGAAGGAGUUAAAGAAAUCAAAGAUGUAAAAUAUCCCCCCGGGAUGUUUCCCUGCGUAUCCACCAUACCCGGGAGUAGUUUUGGCGUGUAUUGUUCGAGAUUCAUCCCAGUUGGAACUUGGAUCGGACCUUUCGAGGGAGAGGUGGUUAGACCCGAGGAACUAACUGCCGACCGGGACAAUGGACACAUGUGGGAGAUCUACAAAGAUGGCAAGCUUAGUCAUUAUGUCGAUGGCAACGAUGCGAAAUUUUCAAACUGGAUGAGCAUGAUUCAGUGCGCCCGACAUAAAGAGGAACAGAACAUGACUGUGUUUCAAUACGCUGGAAAUCUGUACUACCGUGCAUUUAGAGAUAUCGUGCCGUACACGGAACUGUUGGUGUGGUAUGACGAUAGAUAUUCUGACAGCAUGGAUAUAGAGCGAAUAUCCAUGGCUGGUACUGAAGCUGUUCCACCCAUGGUGCCAGCUAUCCAUGGUUACGAAAAAGGUUACCGACGUACAGAGAUGGAAAAGAUUGAUCAGAUUGGCGAGGUACAAGCAAGCGAAUAUUUUGGCUUAAGUUCGUUCAACGAGACGCAUAUUUGGCGAUGUGGUCAAUGUGAACAGACAUUCAGUCAGCGUAUAGCGUUACAAAUGCAUGUCUGCGAUAAAACGCCCGAGAAGCCUUUCCAAUGCGGUCAAUGCACAGCCUCGUUUUCGAAUCCUGAUGAGCUUCGGGGUCACGUGGUCGAUCACGUCAGUGACAAGCCGUUCAAAUGCGGAUACUGCGGGCGCACGUUCAGCGGCUCAACGACACUCAGUAAUCAUAUCAGGACGCACACGGGAGAACGGCCAUUCAAAUGUCGAAAAUGCGGAAAGAGCUUCAGUCAGUCAACGCAACUCAGCAGACAUCAGAAAUCACUUGAGAAUUGUGUGGAAAAAUGAGUUGUUUCUGUAUAGCUAUUAUGUCUAAAUGAAUUGGCCAUAUCAAGUUGGCUUGAACCACCUCUACAGUUACGCACGUGGCCUAAUUAUAGGAGUAUGGGGGGGAGGGGGCUGGAACGAGGCAGGGAAUUCAAAGUUCCUUGUUCCCUGAAAGUUAAUGUGAUAAUGAAGACCUUUAGUUUGAGUUGAAGGGAGAGAGGGGUAUUAACUAGUGUCACUACAGUCGAGAUAGUUACCUAUAGAAUUACUUAUAUAUUCACCUCAGUAAUAUGAACACGGAGUGUCAAA